UCGAAAUCCAAGUUUCUGAGAAAUGGGAUCUCAAACACCCCUUAAGCUACCAGUCAUAGACUUCACAACACCUGGUGCACUAAAUCAAGGGAGUCCUGAAUGGGAUUCAGUGAAAGUUCAAGUAAGGGAAGCACUGGGAGAAUAUGGUUGUUUUGAGGCUGUGUACGACGAACUUCCACCGGAGCUCCGAAAGGCCCAUUUUGGUGUCGUGGAAGAGCUUUUCGAUCUCCCUACGGAUGUUAAAAAGCUAAAUGUUUAUGAAAAACCCUUUCAUGGCUAUCGUGGUCAUUACCCCGACGUGUUCGAAACCAUGGAGGUUGACUGUGCCAACGUCUUGCAACAAGUGGAAGAAAACUUCACCAACAAAUUGUGGCCUCAAGGGAAUGCCAAUAUAAGCAAAACUAUACAGUCUUUCUCUAGACAGGUAGCAGAGUUUGAUGGCGUUGUUAGAAGGAUGGUCUUGGAAAGCUUGUGUAUUGAGAAAUACUGGGAGGAACAUAUGAACUCGACCGACUAUGUGCUUACAGUGAAUAGAUAUUUACCAUCUCAAAACGGUCAUGAUGAGUCCCAUCCUGGGUUACUUUCUCACACUGAUAAAACAACGACCUCCCUAUUGUUUGGAAAGGACUUGGAUGGUCUAGAGAUACAGACAAAGCAAGGAGACUGGAUCAACGUCAAACUAUCUUCUGCUAAUUCUCUUUUUUACAUGGUUGGGGAUGCUCUCUAUGCAUGGACAAAUGGGAAUCUGUUCAAUGCGAUUCAUCGUGUAAUGAUGAGAGGAAAUAUAACAAGGUACACAACAGGGUUGUUUUCAGUCCCAAAACAAGGCUACAUGGUGACGGUUCCAGAAGAGCUGGUGGACGAAGAACACCCUUUACAAUUUAAACCUUUUGAUCAUUUCGAAUACCUCAAAUUCUUGGCUGAACAUUUUGAUCCUAGUUCAAUUGUACCUGAAGUUUCCAACAUUAAAACUUAUUGUGGCAUAUAAUUCUGUUAGGGAUUGUAAGGCUCUUGCUAUUGUUAGUAUGGAUAGUGCAUUGCUGCUGCAUGCUUGCACAAGUUACAUAUAUGUUUGUAAUGUUCUUAUUUGUAUGGUGUAUUUCUUAUAUUGUCAUGUUGUUGUGUGGUGGAGAAUGUUCUCCACGAUUGUCAAGGGUUUAUGUAGCCUCUAGUAUGUACUGUCUAUGUUUUGUUGAAUAAGAAUCACUUCAUGGUGGUAGU